GGCGGCGGCGGCAGCGGCCGCCCGGCACCCCUCCCCCGCCGGAACCGGCGGCGGCGCUGCCCCGCGCCGGCAUGAGGCCAGAGCCCGGCCGGCCGUCGUGACGGGAGGCGGUUUGAGUUGAUCUUACUGACUGCAGCUAUGGUGCAGAAGUAUCAAUCCCCCGUACGGGUGUAUAAACACCCUUUUGAGUUAAUUAUGGCAGCAUAUGAGAGGAGGUUUCCUACGUGUCCUCUGAUCCCUAUGUUUGUAGCCAGUGACACUGUAAAUGAAUACAAGAGUGAGGAUGAAGCUAUCCACGUGAUUGAACGGCGCUGUAAGCUGGAUAUAGAUGCACCACGGCUAUUGAAAAAGAUUGCAGGAGUGGAUUAUGUCUACUUUGUCCAGAAGAAUUCUUUGAACAGACGAGAAAGGACUUUGCAUAUAGAAGCCUAUAAUGAAACCUUCUCUAAUAGAGUCAUUAUUAAUGAACACUGCUGUUACACAGUUCAUCCUGACAAUGAAGACUGGACCUGUUUUGAACAGUCAGCAAGUCUGGAUAUAAAAUCUUUUUUUGGUUUUGAAAGCACAGUGGAAAAGAUUGCCAUGAAGCAGUACACCAGCAAUAUUAAAAAGGGGAAAGAAAUAAUAGAAUACUACCUGAAGCAGCUGGAGGAAGAAGGAAUAACUUUUGUUCCUCGUUGGACUCCUCCUGUUGCAUGUAAAUUGGAGAGCAGUACAUCCCAUGCAAGACGACCUGUUUCACCUGCUAUUAAUAUACCAGACUCUGCCACAAAGGAGGGCUUGAACAAUAAGGAGAUUCUCAACACUUCAAGCAGCCCCUCAGAGCCCACAGCAGGAACGCCUGAUGACAAGCUAGAUGCAGACUACAUCAAGCGGUAUCUGGGUGACUUGACACCAAUGCAGGAAAGCUGCCUCAUUCGACUGAGACAGUGGCUCCAGGAGACGCACAAAGGCAAAAUCCCAAAGGAUGAGCACAUUUUAAGAUUCCUGCGUGCUCGGGACUUCAACAUUGAUAAAGCAAGAGAGAUCCUUUGCCAGUCGCUGACAUGGCGUAAGCAGCACCAGGUGGACUAUAUUCUAGACACCUGGAACCCUCCUCAAGUACUCCAAGAUUACUAUGCAGGAGGCUGGCAUCACCAUGACAAAGAUGGUCGCCCGCUGUAUGUGCUGAGAUUGGGACAGAUGGAUACCAAAGGCUUAGUGCGAGCUCUUGGGGAAGAGGCCUUGCUUCGAUACGUUCUUUCAAUAAAUGAAGAAGGAUUGAGGCGGUGCGAGGAGAAUACCAAAGUAUUUGGCAGGCCAAUAAGCUCUUGGACCUGUCUAGUAGAUCUAGAAGGCUUGAAUAUGCGGCAUUUAUGGAGACCUGGUGUCAAAGCAUUGCUAAGAAUCAUUGAGGUGGUCGAAGCUAAUUAUCCUGAGACUUUGGGUCGUCUUCUUAUUCUAAGAGCACCUCGAGUAUUCCCAGUUCUUUGGACACUGGUUAGUCCAUUCAUUGAUGACAACACUAGAAAGAAAUUCCUUAUUUAUGCUGGAAAUGACUACCAGGGUCCUGGGGGACUGCUGGAUUACAUCGAUAAAGAAAUUAUCCCUGAUUUUCUUGGUGGAGAGUGCAUGUGUGAAGUACCAGAGGGUGGGCUGGUUCCCAAGUCCCUCUACCGGACAGCAGAAGAGUUGGAAAACGAAGACAUAAAGCUUUGGACUGAAACAAUCUACCAGUCUGCAAGUGUCUUCAAAGGAGCUCCGCAUGAGGUUCUCAUUCAGAUUGUGGAUGCCUCAUCUGUGAUCACAUGGGAUUUUGACGUGUGCAAGGGCGACAUUGUUUUUAACAUCUUUCAUUCCAAGAGAGCCCCACAGCCUCCUAAAAAGGACUCUCUGGGAGCUCACAGUAUUACAUCUCCUGGUGGGAACAACGUCCAGUUGAUAGACAAAGUCUGGCAAUUGGGUCGUGAUUACAGUAUGGUGGAGUCCCCUCUUAUCUGCAAAGAAGGGGAGAGUGUGCAGGGAUCACAUGUGACCAGGUGGCCUGGCUUCUAUAUUCUCCAGUGGAAAUUUCAUAGCAUGCCUGCCUGUGCUACAACCAGCCUGCCUCGUGUGGAUGAUGUGUUAGCAUCUCUACAGGUCUCCUCUCACAAAUGUAAAGUGAUGUACUAUACAGAAGUAAUAGGAUCUGAAGAUUUCAGGGGAUCUAUGACCAGCCUUGAAUCAAGCCACAGUGGAUUCUCCCAGCUCAGUGCUGCCACCACCUCUUCUAGCCAGUCCCAUUCCAGCUCCAUGAUUUCCAGAUGGCGAUUUUGCUGACAACUGUAAAGAAACUGCUUCAUUCGACACUCCACAUCUGUCCAGAGGUGUCUGGCUUUGUAGACCUUUUUGAGUUGCAGUCACUUUUCAAGUCUGAAGAUCUGUAUUUUGUUUUUCACUUGAGCUGGCUCAAAAGUGGCACUUUGGGUUUUUCCUCUGUUAAUCUUAACACAUCUUUUAGAGCUCAAAGCACAUGACAGCACAAACAGCUGGGGAGAUCAAAUUCCAGAAAAACAAUAGUUAAUCCUCCUCUAAGCAAAGUGCUGUGGCAAUAUGACUUGAUCACUGCAGUCUGACUAAUUAAUUUCCCAUACCCUGGUCUUUCUUUGUGCGAUAUUAUUGCUCUUCCUUCUCUCAGCCAAUGACUCUUCUGUUGGCUUUUUUUUUCCUGUUAUCAGUGUCCUUCUGCACUUUCCUGUCUGUACUCAUGAACUACAUAUCAAAUUCUGUAAAUGUUUUGUAUACAUAAUACCUCAUUCUUGGUAAUAAAAUACAGAUAGUCUUUAAAAGAUUUUUUUAUUGUUAUCAAUAAAUGUGAACUGUUUGGAAAAAAA